CUCCCAUAUAAAACUUUUUUACACUUACAGUCCACAUGGUUUCCAGGCCUUUCUCUUGGUACUUUCAUUUACCUCAUCAGGCAUCAUCAUCGUCAUCGUCAUUGACAUCGACAUUGAUAACCUCCAAAACCUUGAAAAUUCCCAGUGUCAGCACACGCUUGACAACUUACAGGUACAUACAAGUAAGCUUCUCCUACUUAAUUAGGCACCCCUGGGAACAUGUCGCAUUCACAGUGUCAGGCUUAACUAGUCAACCCCAAAAGAUCAAAAGAAAAGAAAAGGAAGGCAGGUUCUCUGUAUUUCGUGUGAUAAAAGAGCAAAUGAAAAAAAAGGCAGGUAAAACAGGUUAGGGUCAGCCAGUCAGGCAUCCAUUGAAGGGGAUAUGAAUAUGAUGAGGUUCCAUUUCCGAGCUUCCAACCAGGAGGAGGAAAGAUAAGGAGGAGAGGUUGGCAAUUGGGGAAAGAAUUGGUGGUUUCGGCUCCCACUCGCGGCCGAUUUCUUUCAGGAUUUCUCCCUGUCGUCAAGGCCCGAAUCCUACUGAGGUAGACAAGAAGGUUCGUGCGGUUGGAGCGAUGGGGACGCGCGAGCUCCUCGUCGUUCUUGCCGUCGUCGUCAUGGCCGCCGUCGGCGCCGGCGCGCAGUCUUCUUCGGCGUCGCCGGCGCCGGCGACGUCGCAGGCACCGACGGUGCGGCAGCAGACGCCGUUCGGGCGGACCAUGUCGACCGUCAUCACGGUGUCCAUCAGCGUGUUCUUCUUCCUGCUCUUCUUCUGCGCGUACAUCAACCAGUGUCGCCUCGCCGAGGCCGGGGACGCCAGGGCCGCGGCGGCGGCGGCGGCCGGCGGGGGAGCCGGAGGAGGGCCGUCCAGGAGAGGGAAGCGCGGGCUGGACCCGGCGGUGGUGGCCACGUUCCCGAUCGUGCCGUACAGGGAGGUGGUGAAGCACAAGAUCGGCAAGAGCGUGCUGGAGUGCGCCGUGUGCCUGACGUCGUUCGACGACGGCGACGACCUCCGGCUGCUGCCGCACUGCUCGCACGCGUUCCACCCGGAGUGCAUCGACCCCUGGCUGGAGUCCCGGGUCACGUGCCCGCUGUGCCGCGCCAACCUCGAGAAGCCUCCGCCGCCGCCACCGCCGCCGCCGGCGGCGGCGGCGGCGUCCCCUUCGCCGGAGCGGUCGCCGCGGUGCCAGCCUUCGCCGCCGCCGCCGCCGCCGCCGCACGCCCUGGUGAUACCGGUGGAGGACGAGGAAGACGACAGCGACGAGGACGACAGGAAGGAGGAGGCCGUGGAGCUCGAGAUGCUGCGCAGCGAGCGGCGCGCCGCGAGGCUGCCGAGGUCGCACUCGACGGGGCACUCGCUGGUCGCGUCGGCGGCCGCCGCCGCCGAGUCCGGCGACCACGAGCGGUUCACGCUGCGGCUGCCGCAGCACGUGCGGGACGAGGUGCUCCGGUCGCUCCGCCUCCGCCACGCCGCCAGCCUGGUCAACCUCUCGGACAUGAGCUCCGAGGGGAGCUCGAGGGGAGGACGGCGUGCAUUAGGCCUCGCCUUCGGCAACGGCGGCGGGAGCAGCCACGGCGGCCGCCGGUGGCAGGCGUUCUUGGCGAGGACGGUGUCAUGGGCGCGAGGCGGAGGCGACGGCUCGGUGCGCAGGGGCUGGGACGGCUCGACGAGAAGAGGAAAAGAUGACGCCGAGUCGAGCAGAAAGGGGGCGACCUCACCGGCGGCCGGCCGGCCGUGAUCGCCGCCGACGCCGGCUUCGCCACCACGUCGGAAACCGCAAAAAGAAACAAAAAAAAAUGCGUGCUUUGCUUCCAUUUCUUUUUCUUUUUUUUAUUUAGGAAUCCAUUUCUGAUAGACUAAUCAGUACACUGUUCUUGCAUCGUGAGGCCUGAAAUUUUCCAACUUCUUUUGACCCUCGCAAAGAAAAGUUCAGUUUCUGUUGGGCUUUGUAAAAAAUUCCACUGGAUUGGAAAAGAAAAGCUUGGCUAGCGUCUAGCGAGAUGAACUCGGAGAUUUUCUCCGGAUUUCACCCCACAUUUCCCUUGUAAAUUACUGGACGCGUAUCCUUGCCUUUUGUUAGUGGGAGAAUCAUUCGCAUAAUUGCAUUUCCA